AUGCGAGCGCUUAUAAUCCUCUUAGUAGGUUUUAGCACUAUUUUACAUGGUAGUCAUUUUCGUGGUGGUACAAUGACAUGGCGUCCUUUGAAUAAUACUCCAUCCGGUAGUACAGUUGCCGUUCAAGUGCGUGAACGAUGGUCAUGGAAUCGUGCUUAUGUUAGUGGUGUUGUUAAUUUUUUCUGUAAUGAUGCGACCAUAGCUGCACAUGGUACUAUGGGAAUUAGCUCUGGCAAUUAUGUCAAAUGUUAUACUGGUACUUGUAGUUAUUGGACUAAUAUGGAUACAGCAAUAAACUGUACAGAUUACAGUGCUAACCUUACUGUUAGUUCUGGUGAACAUUAUGAAACGCAAACAUUUCCAUUAAAUAUUACAUUUAGUAUUGCUUUUAGCGCAAGUCAAUGGUUUGCAAAUAUUGUUGCUGGCAAGGGGAGCUCGCCAUGGAGUGUUGCCUGUCGGAUCAACACUAAUAUUAGACCCGAUGGCUACAUAAAUUCCAGUCCUAUUGCUGUCAGUCUUCCUAUUAUUUUCAAACAAAUUAAUAUUCAACAAGUACAUGUUGUUCAAAUGUCUGACUUUGAUGGAACUGAUAUAUUAAAAUGUCGAUGGUCGACUUCAUCAGGUAAUAUUAACAAUUUCGAUGAAUGUGGUGGUGUAUGUAAUGGUGUUCCUGGUGCUAGUCUUACUCCGGAGAAUUGCACAAUUGUGUUUACGCUUACACUUGCUGGCUGGUACGCUGUAGCAGCAUUACAAAUUGAAGAUUUUUAUAGUAGUACAUCUACAACACCAAUGAGUUCUGUUCCAAUACAAUUUCUUUUCUAUGGUUAUGGUGCACCUCUCGAUAAUUGUACUACUCCACCUGCUAUCAUUGGUAAUCUACCAAACCGAGCUUGUAUUGGUACCCCAAUCGGUUCUAAUGUUACUCAAUAUAUCAUUGUACAAGUUUAUUGUCCUGGACAUCCUAUUGUUGAUUUAGUUAGUAGCGUUCCAACUGGUAUGACAAAGAGUGGUAUUAUCCUUUCAAGUCCUAAUAUCUAUGAAAUCAUUCUCAGCUGGGUUCCGAUAGAACCUCAGUAUGGUCCCCAAUCUGUCUGUGCUGGAGCUAUCGAUAGUAUACAACUUCAAUCUAAUCAGUGGUGUAUUACAUUCUUAGUUGGCAUUGAAUCUCCUGAUGUCAUUCGUCCAACACUGGUUCAAGGUUCAGCAUCACCAAUUGGCACUGUCUUUCAAAAUCAAACGCUUUUCUCGAUUCAAAGUAAUUCUUAUGAAUAA